AUGUUAAAAGGAAUUGUGAAUACAAAAAACAGGGCAGUCAUGAACGUCGUUCCAAUAUAUACUAGAAGAACUAAAGAUGCGUGUCCGUCAUGCCGUACAGUCUUAGAAGAAAAUGUAGAAACAGAAAUUGCUAUUGAAUCUCAUCUUAUUGUUAUUCUACUACUAUCCAUGCUUCUAUCAUGCUUACCAUUACCUGUUUGCGUGUCGUCGUGUAAGCACAUUGAUCAUUACUGCCCAAAUUCUAAGGCGUUCUUUAUUUCAUACAAAUAUUAUUGGAUAUCACUGAAGAGAUGA